CACUGAGACCUGAAUAAGCCUGUCUUAAUAUCUCACCGAAAUAUAUAUAUAUAUAUAUAUACACACUGUAAUUUGUGGUAGCAUAUAUAUAUAUAUCAAUAUAUUAUCAUAAUCUAUUUUCAGCCGAAGAAUUGAAUAGUAAAAAACAAUGAGAGUGAAAGUUAUAUCACGUUCUGCAGAUGAAUUUACCCGCGAAAGGAGUAAUGAUCUUCAGAGGGUUUCUAGAAAUUACGACCCGAAUCUUCGGACCCAGGAAAAGGCUGUGGAGUAUGUUAGAGCUCUUAAUGCAGCUAAAUUAGAUAAGGUAUUUGCAAAACCAUUUAUUGGAGCAAUGGAUGGGCAUUUAGAUGCUAUAUCUUGUAUGGCGAAAAAUCCUAAUCAUUUGAAAGGUGUAUUUUCGGGUUCUAUGGACGGAGAUAUUCGUCUAUGGGAUAUUGCUUCAAGACAAACAGUAUGUCAGUACCCUGGUCACCAAGGUGCUGUACGUGGUUUGACAGUAUCGACAGAUGGACGUAUACUUGUAUCAUGCGGAUCUGAUUGCACUGUUAGGCAGUGGAGGGUUCCUCUUGCAAGUGGUAUCGAUUCAAAUGCGUCAACUGACAGCUCUAAUAAGUCACUGGCAACGUAUGUUUGGAAGAAUGCUUUUUGGGCUGUGGACCAUCAGUGGGACGGUGACUUAUUUGCCACAGCUGGUGCUCAAGUUGCUAUCUGGGAUCACAAUAGGUCACAGCCAGUUAACAGUUUUGAAUGGGGAAAUGACACGGUUAUUUCUGUUCGUUUUAAUCCUGGGGAGCCAAAUAUUUUGGCAACAUCUGGCAGUGAUCGGAGCAUAACUAUUUAUGAUCUUCGGACAUCUUCACCAGCAAGAAAACUUAUCAUGAGGACGAAAACAAAUUCUAUAGCUUGGAAUCCAAUGGAGCCUAUGAACUUCACAGCUGCAAAUGAAAAUUGCAACUGUUACAGUUUUGAUGCAAGAAAAUUGGAUGAAGCUAAAUGUGUGCACAAAGAUCACGUGUCUGCAGUUAUGGAUAUUGAUUAUUCACCAACAGGUCGUGAAUUCGUGACUGGAUCUUAUGACAGAACAGUGAGGAUAUUUCAAUAUAAUGGUGGACAUAGCAGGGAAAUCUAUCAUACUAAGAGAAUGCAAAGGGUAUUUUGUGUCAAGUUUAGUGGUGAUGCAAGUUAUGUUAUCUCUGGUAGUGAUGACACCAAUCUUCGACUAUGGAAGGCUAAAGCAUCCGAGCAACUUGGUGUUAUUCUACCACGGGAGCGCAAAAACCAUGAGUAUAUGGAGGCUGUAAAAAACCGUUACAAGCAUUUGCCUGAGGUUAAACGUAUAUUAAGGCACAGACACUUGCCGAAACCAAUAUACAAGGCAGGUAAAAUGAGACGUGAGAUGACUGAUUCGGAGAAGAGGAAGGAAGACAGGAGGAGAGCUCAUAGUGCCCCAGGAAGCAUGCAAAGGAAGUCAAUCCGCAAGAACAGAAUUAUUCAAGAAGUGGAAUGAUACAAGAUGUUCCUCUAGGGAACUUUGGUAUUCAAUUUUGUUAAUCUUUUAAGGUGUAAUGAACAAGUAAAACAACACUCAUUGCUUUCAAUACGGAAAUCUGUUUACUUUGUUUGUUAGUGCAAA